GACUUACACACCGCUGAACUAAACUGAUCAUAGCAAACCAAAUUAAGUGAGGAUUUGUCAGCAAAGUAAGAGAUCAGAUGGCUAUCACUAGAAGAAAUGAGCUCGUGACGGACCUGGCCCUGGCCGUCGUGCUCGCGGCGCUGCUCUUAUUCCAUGGAGCCUCAGCCCAGUCGGGAUGCACGAGCUCACUUUUGGGCCUGACCCCAUGCCUGAGCUAUGUGAGCGGGAACUCCUCCACCCCGUCCUCGACCUGCUGCUCGAGGCUGGCGGGUAUCGUCCAGUCUCAGCCCCAGUGCCUCUGUCUACUCUUCAACGGGCGAGCCUCAUCGUCCAGCUAUAAUAUCAACCAGACCCUGGCACUGGCACUGCCUGGAGCGUGCAACGUGCAGACCCCACCGGUCAGCCGGUGCAGCUGUACGAUUUAUGCUCACAAUGUCCCCAUCGAGCCCUCCUACAAGUUCUCCCGCAGACGACACACCGGACACUACUACUCCGACUACAUCAUCAGCGCCCGCCACUCUCCCAGGAACAGGGUCGAAGACAGUUCCGACCAUGGGUACCGGGAACACAUCCGAUGCGAGCAUAAAUCAGAAGCUGUCCCUCUGCUCCAUUGCCUUCGCCCUUCUAUUCGCUCCGUGUCUCUCGGCCAUUUUCAAAUUUUAAGAUUCAAGAAGUAGUUUUCCCCUUAUUUGAGGGCCAAUGUUCUUGAUUGUGAUGGUGCCGGGCCGCUAGCCAUGAUAUUCAUUCUAUUGAUUGAGUGAUAUGCUGCUUUCGUGAGUUGUGUGUGUUAUUGACAUUGUUUGAGGACGAAGAAACGUCUUGUAGCACUGUCUUUUUAUUGAUAAUAGUUGAACGGCACAAAUAAUCUCUUAAUUAUUUUGAUAUAAAGAAAUGUUAUAAAUAUAUACGAAUUAAAAAUUUAUUCCAGAUGUUAAAGUGUGUCUCGCAUUUUCGGAUAUUUUGCGGACACUCGGAGUCGUGAAGACUCGUUGGAAUCGAUCGAAGACACCGCAUGGAAGAAGAGGGAAACAAAUUCAUCAUAGUCAACGGCAGCUUUGGGGAGCAAAAUCACAAAGCCUUACACCUGCUUGGAAUGCAUUUGACAAGUGGCAGCAAUUAGUUUUUUCUCAACGGGCAUGUUGGGCGAGUUUCAGCAAUACUUGCUGAAAUUUACAGAGAGUGGCGGCCAUAGCCGUGUAUUUUGGGGGGUAGCGGCCGUCCGCUAUUUUCUUGCCCGUGCUCUGUUUUAUUGGACUGGGUUGUGUCGCCGGUUUGCGCCACUCAAAGUCGACUUUUCCCACAUAAAUAUAACCCUAGUCUCUUGUAAUCUUAUCUAAGACCAAUUGGGGAGAGUUAAUGAGAUUGAGAGCUUUGUAU